AUGAAGUCUACUCUCUUUUCCGGAGCUUUCGUUAUCGCUAGUGUUCAAACUGCCUUUGCACUAGGCCCUGUGGCAGCUGUCGCCCGUCAGGGUCUUGCUGUUAAAAUCGACAACAGCAUGACUGAUGCUGCACCUAUACAGAACGCUACGAGUGUUCCUCCAACAUCGGAGCCAGUUCCUCCUACAUCAACUCCUAUCAUUCCUACUACUUCGGUUCCUAUGCCGAACAUUACUACGGAAGCUCCAACGACUUCUUACAUUCCAACUGAGGUCCCUCCCUCCAACACGACGUCGACUCACAUCCCCUCUUCGGAAACGUAUGUACCUACCACUUACGUUCCCCCUGUGAACUCAACUACGCACGUACCCUCUUCGGAAACGUAUGUACCUACCACUUACGUUCCCCCUGUGAACUCGACUACGCACGUACCCUCCUCUGAGACAUAUGUGCCCACUACUCAAGUCCCUCCUGCGAACACGACUACUUCUCAUGCUCCUUCGACUUGGGUUUUCCCGGUGAACACUACUUCGUAUGCACCUACUACUUAUGUUCCUCCUGUGAACACAACCACGUAUGUUCCUACGACCGCUGUUCCUACCUGGAACACGACUACCACACAUGUCCCUACGACUGUUCCCACCUGGAACACGACUACUACGCAUGUCCCUACUUCUGUUCCAUUCUGGAACACUACUAGUUAUGUUCCUACUACCGUACCUACUUGGAACACUACAACCCAUGUCCCUACCACUGUACCUACUUGGAACACAACGACUUAUGUUCCCACUUCGAACAUUACUACUACAUACACUGUUCCUACUCAACACCCCACGAGUGUGCCCGGUAACGAGACCAUGACUGCUACAUGGACGAACCGCACUACUGCACCUCCUAUCACUUACACUGGUACUGACAACAGAACCACUACUUUGGUGCCUGGUACGACUCCUGUUCCCACUGGAACAGGCACUGUUCCUGUGUACCCUCCUACUGGAGUUCCCACUUACGGACCUAACGCAACCAUGGUCAGUAUGACUGUCCCUCCUGCUGAGGGCACUCCUAGCCCUGGCAUGUUUGCAGGAAACCAAACUACGAUCGCUUCUUCCGCAUCACGUUCUGUCUCUUUGAGUGCAUUUGCACCUACAAUCGUGGCUCUUAUUAUUGCUUCUUUCUUUGCUUAAUGUUUGUGUUGACAUAAAACGUCUAUGUGCCGAAACUCCUAGUCCUUUGGUCAUCCUUGGUGAUGCCUUUUAACAUUGUAUUUUUUCCAAGGCGACUAUUGAUGUAAUUAAUAACGGCGCUGCUGACAAAAAGGACACUCUAAAAUUUGUAGGCUAUUUCUAAUUCGUAUGUAUAUUCAUUUACAAUUUUAACUCUGAUAAAUUUCUGAGUCCGAGAGAAAAGGAAUGGAGGAAUACAAUUUAGUGCAUUUCAUAUCGCAUGUAGAAAUCGUAAAGAAGAUAAUUAUAAAAACAAC